AUGCCCGGGUUCGCAACACCUCCCCCAAACCCGCAGCACGCCCUCCUCUCCUUUCCGGCACCGCACGUCCUCCUCGUCACACUCAACAGACCACGCGACCUCAACUGCAUCAAUGCGCAAGGCCAUGCCGAUCUGCACGAAGUAUGGGAGUGGAUGGACGAAGAGCCCAGCCUCCGCGUUGGCGUUCUGACCGGCAAAGGAAGGGCCUUCUGCGCUGGCGCUGACCUGAAAGAAUGGAACACCCAAGCCAGCAGCACCACCCAGAAAAAAGCCCCCCAACCCCCUUCAGGCUUCGGCGGCGUCUCCCGCCGAAAAGGCAAAAAGCCACUCAUCUGCGCCGUCAACGGCCUCUGCUUCGGCGGCGGCACUGAAAUGAUCAUCAACGUGGACAUCGUAAUCGCCGCCUCACGGGCUGUCAUCGGUUUACCAGAAGUAAAGCGCGGCGUGGUUGCGCUCGCGGGGGCCCUACCGCGUCUCGUGCGGACUGUGGGCAGGCAGCGGGCGAUGGAGAUGGCUUUGACGGGGCGGGCGUUAUCGGCUGUCGAGGCUGAGCGGUGGGGACUGGUGAAUUCAGUGGUUGAGGUUCCUGAUAUCAGUCGGGGUAAGGAUGAGGGGGAGAAUGAGGAGGCUUCGAGACUUGUGUUAGAUAGGGCUUUAGGGCUUGCGGUGGAGAUUGCGGGGAAUAGUCCUGAUGCGGUGCUGGUUACUCGGGAGGGGGUUAAGUUGGGGUGGGAGGGGAUUGGGGCGGAUGAGGCGACGGGGAUGUUGGGGGAGACUUGGGGGAAGAGGCUUGCUGAGGGUGAGAAUAUUAAGGAAGGGUUGCGGGCGUUUGUGGAGAAGAGGGCGCCUGUUUGGAAGGAUAGCAAGUUGUAG